AUGCCAUGCGUAAAAUCUGCCUUUCUGGCCGCCAUUACUGGAGGUAGAAGUUGGAUCCAGCAGGAAGGCCAUCAUCAUCUUUGUGCCAGUGCCUCAGCUGAAGGCCUUCCAGAAGGUGCAGGUGCGCCUUGUCCGGGAACUGGAGAAGAAGUUCAGUGGCAAGCAUGUUGUCUUCAUUGCACAGAGGCGCAUUUUGCCGAAGCCUACGAGAAAGACUAGGACGAAGAACAAGCAGAAGCGCCCCCGCAG